AUGGGCGCGACGACUGCUCAAGUGGCUGGCGAACGGCAAGCAACGCGCCGCGUCACGCUGAACGUCUUUGGGACGACGUGCAGGGGAUGCGCUCAACACGUGCAGGAGAAUUUGAUGACACUGGAGGGAGUGCACUCCGUCUCCGUGGACCUCGACGCUCAGCUUGCCGAGGUGGAUGUGGACGCAACCGAUGCCGCUACUGAGUUUCGAAUCGAGAAGAAGAUGGUUUCGAUGGGCUACACAGUACAGCCCGCGGUAUUGCCAUCGUGCGGGGCGCCGGGGCGAGAAGAGAGAGAGCUCUCACCAGCGCCGCCCCCUUUGCGUCCCAGUGCGGCGAGUCUCUCCCACCUCUCCUCCUUCGCCUCCGUGUCGACGUGCUGUACGUCACAGCUGCAGCGGUCCAGCGAGACGUCCAAGUCGACGGAAACGAGCUCGCUGCGAGAGGGCGGCGGCUUCUUACCUUUCUCUCGCCGCUUCCGCCGGGUGCCGUGCGGCUGCGGUGGACGCGGGUGCCUGUGCGCCUACGCGCCUGAGCCGGUGAUGGUGACGGAGGAGACGCGUCUGCUUCCUGAAGAUGACUCGGAGGAAUGCCUGUCGGAGAGGGCCGAGGUGCCAUCGUCGGUGGACAUUACCGUGGCGACCGUCCAGGCGUGCGCCUCACCGAGGCGCCGUGCCCCGGUGGGUGUCCGCGCCACGUCGACGACGGCUACAGCGGCAGCGGCGGCAGCCACAACAAACCUCCUGAUCGAGGGCAUGUCGUGCACCUCUUGUGCGGCGCGCAUCGAGGCAAAGCUCAAGCAGCUCAAGGGCGUGCUCGGCGCGUCUGUAAACUUCUCAGCCAUGAGUGGGCAGGUACUGCACAACCCGGCUCUUGCACCACUGCCGAAGGUUGUGAGCUGCGUGGCCGACAUGAGCUACAUCGUGACGGCGCAGGACACAACCGCCCCACUCGGCACCGCCGACGGCGAGCAACCACAAGAGGGCGAGUGCAAGUGCCCCACCAACCUGCAAGCCGUCCCGGUGCACGUAGGGAGCGUCAUGUCGGGCUAUGAGCAUCGCCUGGUUGUUCUAGGUAUGUCAUGUGCCUCCUGCGCAGCCCGCAUCGAGCACCGGUUGCGGCAGAUGCCCACUGUCCUGAACUGCACCGUCUCCUUCGUUACUGGCACCGCCGUCAUCACCACCUGCACCCCAAGCGGCUUCACGGACGCGUGCAGGAUGGUGCGCUCGAUGGGGUAUACAGUGACAGAGACGGCGCUGAUGCAGCCCGACUCCUCCAUCAGCCGCACUCGUGAGGCACUCGAGCGCGCGCGCGAAAUUGCGGAGCAUGAGCGCAACCUGAUCGGCAGUGCACUGUUGAGUGUGCCACUCGCGGUGGUGAUGGUCUUGACGGUGUUCAUGGACAUCAUGGCGCGGCCGCUGUUGGCGCGCAUGAUCGACGGGAUGCAGUUUUGCGCUGUCACCCCGAUCGUCUUCCACUUUGGUCGCGGCUUCUUCCUCAGCGCGUGGCGCAGCUGGCAGCACGGCGCCUACACGAUGGACACGCUCGUUGCCAUUGGCACCGGCUGCACAUACGCCUACUCCACCGUUGUCUACCUGCUCACGCUGUUUGUGUACCCGCAUGCGCGUAUGAUGACGUACUUUGACACGGCAGGAAUGCUGACAACCUUCAUGCUACUUGGCCGCUUCCUCGAGGCGCGGGCAAAACGCAGCGCAAGUAGGGCAGUCAUUGAGCUGAUGAGUCUGAUGCCGACAACGGCCGUGUGUGUGCAGCCGGACGGGAGUGAGGUGCGAGUGAGCGCGUCGCAGCUGCAGAAGGGCGCCCUUGUGCGUGUGCUGGCCGGCGAUCGUGUCCCUGUCGACGGCACUAUUGUCGAAGGCAGCUCCGAGUUGGACGAGCAGAUGGUAACAGGCGAGUCGCUCUCGAAGCAGAAGAAGCCAGGUGAAGAGGUGGUUGGCGGCACCCUUAACAUCACCGCAUCGCUGCUUAUCCGCGCGGACAAGGUUGGGGAAGAGACGAUGAUCGCGCAGGUGCUGCGUAUUGUGCAGGAGGCUCAAAACACAAAGCCGUCUAUCCAGCGCGCUGCCGAUCGAAUUGCCAUGUCGUUUGUGCCCUUCGUCCUUGUUUUCUCCCUACUGACGCUCAGCUUAUGGCUGAUGCUCGGUGUGACGGACGCGUACCCGGUGUCGUGGCGCGGGGCUGAGACAAGCUGGCAGGCGUUCGCCUUCAACUUCUUCAUUUCAACCGUUGUCGCCGCCUGUCCGUGCGCGCUGGGGCUGGCCACUCCGACAGCGAUCAUGGUGGGCACCGGCGUGGGGGCAAAAAACGGAGUGCUGGUGAAGAGCGGCACGACGCUGGAGGAGGUGCGACGCGUGAACUGCGUUGUGCUCGACAAGACAGGCACCAUCACCAACGGUCGGCUGGAGGUGAUUCGGACGCACAUGAUAAUGACGGGCUUGGCGUCGCCCCCAACGACGACCGCCCAGCCUCAUGGCAGCUCGGAUGCCGCCUUGGUCCGUUGCCUUGUCGGGCUUGUGGAGGCGCAGUCGAACCACCCUAUCGCGAAGGCAGUCAGCGCCAAGCUACUGGCGGAGAAUGACAGGGGCACGGACGAGGUGCAGCGCCGCGCACGCUAUGGGGUGUCAUCCGUGGUGACGCAUGGCGGCAAGGGCGUGGAGGCCUCGGUGGCUGUGACCCCAGCAAGCGGCGGCAAGGACGAGGUCUCUUCCGAACCGCCACCGCCGCGAGCGCAUCACGUCCUCGUCGGGAAUGUGGCGCUUCUGCGCGAGCACGGCGUUUCGUUAACCCCUGAGGUGGCUCACCUCGUCGAGGAGGAGAACGGGCACGGUCUGACAACUGUUGUGGCUGCGGUUGAUGGCGCAGCGUGCCUUGUCGUCAGCCUUGCCGACAGUCCGAAGCGUGAGGCGCACGGUGUCAUCCGGUAUCUGCACAAGGCUGGGAUUCGCGUGCUGAUGGUCACGGGCGACAACGCCGGCGUGGCGGGCCGGAUCGCGGCCGAGGUUGGAAUCCACUCGAAAGAUGUGUACGCCGAGGCGCUUCCCAUCGCCAAGGCGGGGAUUGUGAAGGGUCUGCAGGAGCAGGGGUUGCGGGUGAUGUUCGUUGGCGAUGGCAUCAACGACAGCCCCGCCCUGGCGCAGGCCAACGUCGGAGUCGCCCUCGGCGCUGGUACCGAGGUGGCGAUUGAGGCGGCCGACGCGGUACUCGUGCGCGAUAGCCUUGUGGACUUGCUGAACUUGCAAUCUCUCUCCAAGGUCACUGUGCAGCGCAUCUACGGCAACUUCAUCUGGGCCUUUGGGUACAAUCUGCUGAUGCUCCCCGCUGCCAGCGGGCUGCUGUACCCUUUCUUUCACAUUCGUCUUCCUCCCGUCGUGGCGGGCGCGGCGAUGAUGCUGUCCAGCCUCAGCGUUCUGACAUCGAGCCUGACCAUCCGCUGCCUCCGCGCACAUUGCGAACGCGAUUUCUAUUUCAUGUGA